CCUCCUUCUAGAUGGCCCCUUCCCCUUCCCCGCCUUUCGCGGUGUCAGCUUUCCUCAUCUCCUUCUUCGCCUCCGCAAUCUCCGCCGCACAAUUCGCCCAAAACACAACCGGAACAGCUUUCAAUCUCCACCUUCCGAUCCCGCAGCAGUCUCUCUGCGCCGGUCUCAUCCGCCCUAACGGCUACCCUUGCUCCGAGCACAAAAUUCAAACUAGGGAUGGCUACUUCUUGGGUCUUCAGCGCGUUUGGUCUCCCAAGGCGGAUUUGGGAGCUCGGCCGGGUCCUCCUGUGCUGCUUCAGCAUGGACUCUUCAUGGCAGGUGAUGCAUGGUUUUUAAAUUCUCCCGAACAAUCACUGGGCUUUGUCCUCGCAGAUGAAGGGUUUGAUGUAUGGGUGGGAAAUGUGCGUGGUACGCGUUGGAGUCAAGGGCAUGUAUCUUUAUCAGAAGAGGAUAAGGAAUAUUGGGACUGGAGUUGGCAGGAAUUGGCGCUAUAUGAUCUUUCAGAAAUGAUUAACCACAUAUAUUCAAUAACAAACUCCAAGGUCUUUAUUGUUGGACAUUCACAGGGAACAAUCAUGUCAUUAGCUGCGUUCACCCAGCCAGAUAUAGCAGAGAUGGUUGAAGCUGCCACUCUUCUCUGUCCAAUAUCAUAUUUGGACCAUAUCAGUACCCAAUUUGUUCAUAGAAUGGUUGAUGUGCAUCUUGAUCAGAUGAUUCUUGCUAUGGGCAUCCAUCAACUUAACUUUAGAAGUGAUUGGGGAAUUAACCUUCUGAAUACAGUAUGUGAUGGCCAUGUUGACUGCAAUGACUUACUAACCGGCAUAACAGGGAAGAAUUGUUGCUUCAAUACCUCACGUAUGGAUUUCUAUCUUGAUUAUGAACCCCACCCAUCAUCUGCAAAGAAUUUUCACCAUCUCUUCCAAAUGAUCCGCAAGGGUACAUUUGCAAAGUACGACUAUGGCAUCCUGAAAAAUCUGGUUGAGUAUGGUCAGUUGAACCCCCCUGCAUUUGAUCUUAGUCUCAUACCCAAGUCACUGCCACUAUUGAUGGCCUAUGGAGGUAAUGAUGCUCUAGCAGAUGUGGCGGAUUUUCAGCACACCCUGAAGGAACUGCAGUCUACUCCACAGUUGGUUUAUCUUGAAAACUAUGGUCACGUCGACUUCAUUGUCAGCACAACAGCGAAGGAAGAUUUUCACAAUCAGUUGAUCGAGUUUUUUAGGUCAUGGAGAAAAUCUAGUAGUUCUUAACGUGACUGCUUUUGGCUUACGAAUGGACUGCAAUUAAAUAUUCCAUGUGCAUAUCAGCAUAUCUUGUAAAUGACAUUGAUUUAAGUAUCCAAUCGUGAUGUCCUGAUGUAAAGUUUGUAGGAUCAGACGGAAGGAAUAGAGAUAUAUUGUGUACAUAUAUACUUUUCUGCAUCGUAAUUGGUUUUGCUUUGUGAUUUGGCUGUGAAGCAGACGGGGGAGAAGUUGAUGAGAAACCUCUCGCUUCUUGCGUCAAGAUGGAGUCAUGUACCCGCUUUCCGGCUUUCGGAAAAGUUCCAUGUUGGCUCCAGCCUCCAACAGAGAAACUGAAGAUUGUCGCAAAGAUUGGUCAUGUUCUUAGAAUUGUACGUGUAUAACUUCCAUGGUAUAAGUGGUGCUUGUAUUAUGAUCAUAAUAAAGAACAUAUGUCCUCCAAUG